UUUGUUUAAAAAAAAAAAAUAAUAAUAAUAAUAAAAGAAAUAAAUUUGAAAAAUAAAAUAUGAAAAAGGACGAAUGCCUUAACCGUAGUCUCAGCAAAACCGAGGAGAUUUAACAAAAAUGAAAGAAAUAUGCAUGUGGCGACAACGAUAUAUAUAAAAUCAUUUAAAAAAGUGUAUUUAUUGUUUAAUAUAUUUUUUGAAAAUGCGUUUUGGCUACGGAAUUAAGUUGCAUCAAAACAUAUUCGUUUGUAUAUACUUAGUAUAAAAAAAUGUUUUUAAUUAAGAUUUUUUUCGAUGAAUGACACAGAAAGGAAAACGGAUGUUAUGUUUGUUGUAAUUUUAAUAGGUACCGAAAAGUAUACACCUGCCGUUAGCUGGUCUCCCUGCGACGCCGCGUGUGCUCAUGUGCAGUGCUUCAGUGGGCACGGAAGGUUCGGUUACUUUAAAAUUACGCGAUGCCAAUUCAUCGUCCUCGCCUUCGUCCGAUUCCAAUCAAUCAGUGUCGACAGUCGCAUCAAACGCUUCAAAUGCAGUCAACAGUUUGGAUAAUGCGUUAACUAUUGGUUAUCCGGAUCCGGAAAUGUUGGCUGAUGUAUUGGGCACUUUGCAAACGGCUUCCCUAAAUAAUAAUAACAAUCAUUAUCGUAGCAAUAGUAAUGAUUGCAAUAGCAAAGUGCAAAUAAAUAAAUUAAACACAAUAGUAACAACAGGAGCGGCAACACCAACACCAACACCAACAUCAACAACAACAGCAACAGCAACAGCAACAGGAACGACAACUAACAGUGAUAGCAAUCCCAAUAAUAUCAAUACCAAUCAUAUUAAUAAUAAUCAAAAUAACAAUGUUGCGAAUACCAAUAAUAAUUGCAUUAACAACAUUAAAAACUGUGCGAAUAAUUUAAAAAGUCGUGUAACCAUUAGUCGUCGUACCUCAAACGUAGCGCACAGUUCACAAACCCAAAAAGAUUCCCCUAAAUGUACGAUAGCGGCCGCUGUUCAAACUGUAUCCAUUUCAACAAAUACCACCAACAAGACUAACAGUUACAUUAAAAAUUGCUUGAUACGCAGUAGCAGUUGCAAUAAUACCACCAAUAUUACGUCAUUGGCUCAAAUAAUGAGCAAUAGCAGUUCGAGUAACGGCAACAGCAACAGCAACAGCAACAGCAACAGCAGCAGCAAUAAUAAUAAUAACGCUAGCAGUACCUUUCAACAAUUUCAAAGCAGUAGCAACAGUAAUUUGUCAUGCAGCAAUAGCAACAGCAAUUGCAGCAGUAACAGUAACUACAGUUCAAACAGUAACGAUAGUUGUUUUAGUAUAACUAGUAGCAGCAAUAGCAGCAGUGGCAAUAUAAGUGUACGUUGUGCCCCCAUUCCCUGUAAUCGCAAAGUUCCUGUUUCAUUAACAAAUCCACCGAAAAUAUUGAAAAAAAACCGUUCAAAACUAUCUUCGCCUAGCCGUCACGGUCCACAACAGUGUCAGAUUUGCAAUAAAAUAUUUGGAAAUGCAUCAGCACUGGCUAAACAUAAAUUGACGCACAGUGACGAACGGAAAUACGUGUGUGUUAUGUGCUCAAAAGCAUUUAAACGACAGGAUCAUUUAAACGGUCACAUGAUGACGCAUAGAAAUAAAAAACCAUACGAAUGUAAAGCUGAGGGCUGUGGUAAAUCUUAUUGCGAUGCACGUUCCCUGCGUAGACAUACCGAAAAUCAUCAUGCUGGCGUUAUAACCCCGCAAAAUCAAAACUUGUCAUCUAUUAAUGUCAAUUGUUCAUCAGCAAAUUUAAGUUUAUCACCAGCUACCGCAAACGGAGAUGCAAGCUCACCAGAUGGUGCAACAUGUUUGGGUACGUAUCUUUCGAAUGGCGGUACAGUGGUUGAUGCGUCAACUGGUUUAGCUUUAACUGAAGACGAGGUGAAGGCUUUAAAGACCAAUGUUACAUUGCUAUCACCCACCUCUACUCUUUCUUCUUCUUCGUCGUCGGCUAGUAGUAUCGCGUCGGCAUCGACUGCGGCCACUAUAACUUUAACAGAUAGCGGUGGCAAUAUGGAGGGCGAAGGUCUAACCCCCGAACAAUUAGAUUUGAUUAGUAAAAUUAUGCGUCAAACUAAGCAAACAACAGCACAGGUAACCGUGUCCUCACACUCCAGUUCACAAUCCUAUAAAAUUGACACAUCACCGGCCCAGACGCAAACACAGAAUCCAAGACCACGAACCUGGAAUAUGCAAUUGCUAAACACUACUCAGAACUUGGCCAUUACCGUGGAUGAGGUGUCCAAUGAUGCAAUAACUCGCAAUAUAGAUUCACCACUAUUGGCCAUGGACGCUAAGGAGGAGGAAGUCAAAAUCGAUUUAACUUCCGGCUUGAAUUCCUCUUCCUUAUUAAAUGUAGUUAAAAUUGAUCAGAAGCCAGUGGAAUGUAAUUUAUGCCAUCGCAAAUUUAAGAAUACGCCAGCUUUAAACGGUCACAUGCGUUUGCAUGGCGGUUAUUUUAAAAAAGAUCCCGAGACUAAAAAAAGCGAAAAAAAGGAGAAUAAUGGUCCGCCUUUGCAAACAGCUAGUAUUGGUGUUCGAGCCCUAAUCGAAGAGAAAAUUAUUAACAAGCGAAGUAGAGAUAUAAAUAAGGGUUCUUUUGCCGUACCUGCUCCGCCUGCCAAUAAUUUAGCCAAUAAUCCGAUCUUGCGGAGAUCAAUUAGCGAUUUGGAAAAUUUCCUAAGCUCUAAAAGUCAGACAAGUUCUGGUAGUUGCAUAACAUCGAAUCUAAAUACGAUGCCUACCCCAUCAGUCGCUUUUAAAAAUAAUAAUAGAACUAUGCUCAAUGCCCAGGAUAUGGGUUUACCUCAGAGUAUUGAAAUUUUCAGUACCAAACAACAAAAACCAAUGAAUAAUGUGAGCGUGGGAGUGGGCACGAAUCUCACUCAGCUGAAUAGUGAAUGCAAUUCAGUGACAACGACAGAAAAACCAGGAACAACGACGUUGAACACAACGACUUCUACAGGAACGACAACCCGCAGCACAUCAACUGAUCCAAAAGAUUCCACUUUAAUUGAAUUAUUAAAGAGAGGAACACGUAUCGCUGUCACGUCCAAGCAAGCAUCAAACGCACCAUUGGGUGGCGUGACGCGUCAAAUUGUUAACACCGCCACAACAACAAAUUCUCCUUCAAGGGCCGUACUUAUACCCUCCGAUGUACAAGUUAUUAAUAACAAGGUUAAGCUGGCAACUACAACCCAACAAGAAAUCGAGAAUUCAUUAAACAAUUGCCCAGAAUCCAGUGGUAUAUCGUUAGCGCAAAAUUCCCCAUUGUCCUUGACCUUAUCGCAGAAUGGAGAUGUCAAUGCAGAAGUGUACACUGUCACCUAUGCUAGUGACAAUUCGAAUUUGUUUGAAGAAACUGAGGUUUACAAUGUCAGCGAGGCCGAAAUGCUAUUGCAAACAGUAGACACAAUGCAAUUGUUGAAUGAUUCCAAUCAUGAAAACCUGCUCAAAUCUUCUGAACAUUCCGAACAAUAUGAAAUUAUAGAUAAUAAUGGUCAAGUGUUGCAGCCCGCUUGUCCAACGGAUAUUAAUAAUGGCUCAGAAUGUAAGCAACAACAACAAAUUUUGCCGAAUUUUCAACAUUUCCAUUCCAAAGAACUACUAAUGAAUCCUUUAACUCAAUCCAAUGGAAAUUUAAAUUCCUUGUCCAUGCCAUUAGUUGAACGGAAACAACUUUACGGGAGGCUGAAUUCACCUUUGCAUUCUCCGUUAGCCUAUCCGACUCCUCCCUCCAGCCAUGAAAAUGUUACACAAACUUCUCCCUACGUAGACGAUAAUCAACAGUAUGGCGAAACAUCGAAUGUCUUUUUUAGUGAAUCGUUAAUAAGUAACGCUUCAACAUGUGCAAAUGGAGAAAUGGAGAAUGAAAAAAUAACAAAAUUAGGAAAUAUUAUGGGAGAUAAUAAUUUCGAUAAUAAUAAUAUUAAGAUGGAGGAUUUACUUAGUGAUACCAAUACGGAUGCGGAACGUGAUUUAAGAGAAUUCGCCGAAGCCAAUCUUUCAUUUCUAGAUGAGGAACAAGAAUUUCUAAAUGAUUCGGGCAACGCUGCAUCUCCAUUGUCAGAGUCUUUCUUUAACGGUGGCAUAGGUUCAGUAGAAGAGGUAAAAGAAGUAUUACGUGAGGUCUUAACCGAAGAUCAAAUACAAAUUAAUUGCGAAAGUCAAUCAGAGAAUAUAAUCGACUUGUAUUACUUGCCAUGCUUAAGUUUGCAAUCGCAAAUGAUGCCAAAUUCGGAAGAUCCGUUGCUGUCAUCGUCACCUCGUGAUUUUGGUCAACAGAAAUUGACUCAAACGGCAAAUAAUACAAGUCAACACAUUCCUCACCAACAACAAUCAAAUCUAAAUUCAAAUGCCUCGACCAGUACAAGCCAGAAUCCCUACCUGCAGAGUAAUAAUGCCGCGAUUUCAGUACAACUACAACAACAACAACAGCAGCAGCAGCAGCAGCAACAACAGCAACAACAGCAACCAUCACAACAGCAGCAAGGCGUAUUAAAGAUGCAGCCACUGCAAACGCAACAAAUGCCUUCAGAGAUUAAUCAGGUUAUUGUAACAGUACCGGCCAAUGGUUGUGGCAAUACGGCCUCUAUCAUGCAGUACAAUUUUCAAAAUACACCGCAAGUACAAAUUCCAACAAAUACCCAGCAAUAUAUUGACUCCGCCAAUCAAUCACAUACACAAGCUAGCAAUAGCAGCAGUAGCAAUAGAACAAUAACAGCGCAGUUAAAUGAGGCCUUAACGCAGCCCCUUGUUUACACAGGAACCACCGAAAGAUCAGAAAUGAAAUUAAUGCCAACGCAAAUUAAUAAUCGCCUUAAUUUAAAUAUUGAGCAAAGGCAACAAGAGACCCAACAACAACGGUUGCAAAUUACUGAUGUCUUAAAUAAUUCUAAUAUUUAUUAUGGACAAAUCGCAUCCAAUGAACAGCAACAACAAACGCCACAGUAUUGUCAAACGUCAAAUGCGACGAAUAGCACGUCAGUGUUGACUACCAUUCUACAGCCAUUAUCCAAUCAAACUAAUUCCAUAUUAAAAAGACGUCUAAGAGGUUAUAAUUCCUCGGAUUCGGGCUCAUCUGGUUAUCAGUUAAAGUUCCAAACUUUAUCACCGUACCGAUCUAAAUUAAGGAAACCCUCAAGGACUCAUUAUACACCUGCUCCAAUUUUAAAUCCUGCGCGCAAAGGUCACGGUUUGUAUUGCAACAUUCUUAAGGAAUCGAAUACGAAUCUUUCAGCAUUUGAUGCCUUCGACGAUGAUUUCGAAGACUCAGUGGGCUUAGUCGAUUUCUCCGAUGUGUCUAAAGUUAAUUUAGGAUCGGCCUAUCAAGCUGCCAUACCAAUUUUUAAAGAGCGAUCCACAUUAACGGCAAUCGAUGAGCCCGUAAAAGCGGAACUCAUGUGGAAUCCGGACAUUCAAAGAGAUGAAAAUAUAUUGAUGCGUUUUAUAGAUCUCAGCAAAUCAUCGGCGACGCCUUCGGGCAGUCAUACAGAAGAAAUAGCAUUAAAGACACUGCUUAAAUCCCAUGGUAAUACCGCUUCAGCAGUUUUAACUUUACUACAAACCCAGUCAAAUCCAUUCCAAAUGAAAUGGUCCGCCCAAGAAUUGGAAACUUUCCUAAAGGGAUUGGAGAAAUAUGGCAAGGAAUUUAGCAAAAUUUCUAAAGAGCUCGGUUCGAAAACAACUGGAGAAUGUAUACAAAUCUAUUAUUUUUGGAAGAAGCUGUGUGUAGAUUACAAGGUGACCCACCUAAAAACUGAAACACCGCCAGUUAAUCACAGCAAUGAAGUGAAACCAUACGUAUGUGAACAACCUGAUUGCUCAGCGAGCUUCUCUUCAAAAGCUGCUCUGCAUGGCCAUACUCGCAUACAUACCUAUGGUCGCAAUAGCCACAAUAAUAAUCACAGUGCCACUAAUCCAAACGCUAACAACUCCUUACCCGGCUCGAUCAGUUCAACUAGUGCAUGUACCGCCUCAUCUCAGGCACUUAGUCACUCAGUAAAUUUAGUAAAUAAAGAUAACACCACUGCAACCAAUACCAAAGAUAUCAACAACGAUUUCCCCUGCAAGGUGUGCGGCAAAGUAUUUAAUAAAAUCAAAAGUCGUAGCGCUCAUAUGAAGACCCAUCGUGUACCGGAGAAUGAAACAACUGUACAAAAUGCUAAUCAAAAUCAAACACAUCAACAACAACAACAACAACAACAAGCUAAUAAUCACUAAAAACCAUUAUAUGUAUAACAAAAAAAAAAAAAAAAAAAAAAAAAAAAUUAUUUGCAUUCGUAAAAUUAUUGAUAACUUCAGAAAGGUAAUUUUCAAAACACUUUGAUUUCAAGCAAUUUGAUUGAAUAACAAACAACAAGCAAAGAGAGUUAGUGUUAGUUAUAUAGUUUUCAGAAAUGCUAAAGUUAAUGAAGACAUAAGUAAUUUAUUGGCAAAUUGCUAUUCAUCUCAAACGUUUUGAUUUACCUAAACUAUAAGAGAAAACAUUAAACACACAAGCACACAAAAACACCGAUUUUUUAAGUACGCCACCCAAGUAUUGAUUAAAUUUGUCUUCAUUUUCAAGUAUUAGAAAAGAUUUUAUGUUGAACUUCUACGCACUUAAACAGUUCACGAUAAAACAAUUGCAAUUUGUUUUCUCACUGUUCUAAUAUAAGAGCAUAUGACCUGCGAAAAAUCGAGUAGCCGUAUUCUGGACAUCCUCACAAGCCGCAAGACUCUUCAUAGGCAUUUUUUGUUCUUUCUUUUUGGCUUGGCAACUUUGUUUCGUAACCGACUUGAUAUUGAUUGUUGGUCCGGAACCUCAAGUCUGAUGCAAAGUCACAUUCACUAUAAAUAGGCAGCACAGUCACAGCGAUUGGUCGCGAUGCAAGAAUACGACAUCGGUAUGAAUCGGUUUUUUUUUUUUUUCUUUGGUUUUUCUUUUUUUCUAAAGGUCAACAUUAAAUAUUGCUUCUAGCAUCACUCAACAUCGAAGUAUAUAAAUUCUUGAUCAGUUUAGGCCUUUUGAAAUGUUAAUCAUGUUUAUAUGUCCGUCCAUCCUGCUAUUUGUUAUUAUUAAAUAUUAAACAAGAAAUUUUAAUAUUUUUUUAUAUUUAUUUUUAAUUGGCUACCGAUCAUCUUGCAUUGAAUAUAGUUCGUUCAUAAACACUCUAAUAAUAAAUAAUAGAUUCUAACUUCUUAAACGCAAAUGAACGAUCUAUGACAGGAAUUUAUUGCGAAUAAAAAUUUGACCUUGAAAUGAUGUUAAUUCAUCGGUUACAUAUUCAUAAGCUGCGUUUUGUAUACCCAUCGUACCGAAGAGUGAUUCAUUUUGUGAUUCAUUUUGCUCGCAAAGCUCAGAAGGCAAUGUUAGACAUGUCACAAAGUAUGGGUAUUCUUCAUUAGCACUAAAUUCUGAACCGAUUUAAACAUGUCCAUCUAUCCACUUGUCGGUCUGCGUUAUAUCUGUUUAUUGUCCCAGCCUCAAAAACGAAACCAUCAGUUUCAACCCGCACGCAAGUGGGCAUUGAAGAUGGAUGGUCGAAGUAUACGUCCAGAGUGUCACGUAAAGUGAGAACAAUUUCAAUUACCGUGUUUUUUGCUCAUUACUUAUAAACUAGAACAGAUAAAUGUACAAACGUAUAUUCUCUGGACGAUGCUGUCGUGCCUGUACAAUAAUAUAAUAGACGCUGAGCACGCCUACCCAGUAUUAUAUUUUCAAAAAAGAAAGCUUCAGAAACCACGUAAAGAAGAUAAAUUCUUGGCCAAUUUCAAAUGCGAAAUGCACGUCCCAAAGCAUGUCUGUCUGUUUGUCUACCUGUCUAUCCGUCUGCACAGCUAUUUAAUAUCCGUGCAAUUUGCAAAAGAGUUUCAACUAAAUAAAUCAAAGGAGGCCAAAGGAUACGCCUGCAAUGUCCACACACCUAUGCAAAAGCAAAAGCUGUGAACAUAUUUGCUUUCGAGCCGCGCUCACCCAACAUUAGGAAAUAUAAAAAUUUCUCUUCCUUUAUAUUGAAUAUUUGUUUUUUUUUUUUUUUUUUGCCCUAUUAAGGCUUCUUGUAAAGCAAUUAUGAGUCUCUGAAUGGUUCCUAUCCAUAACACGUUCAAUAUAAAAUAAUUUUACUUGCGCUUGUAACAAUUAAUAUCACAUGAUUACUGUUUUGGAAAAAAGCUCUAUUAUUUAUUUGAACUCGAUUGAAAUCACUUAGAGCGUCCGAAAUCUCUCCUACAUAGCAUAUGUCAUAAUAGUUAUCAAAGUAUUAUUAUAUAAUUGAUUUAAUCAAAGACAUAAAUUUAAAGGUUGAAGUCUUAAAGCACUAGCAUAGCUACUGAGGCUAUCGGCUUUAUUGAAAACUUGAACGCACUCGUGAUUUGAAUACGAACGACCAUUAUGAGUUGUUAGUCGAGAUCGAACUAUUUGAAAUAAUUUCUAUCCUUAUUAUAAAUUGAAAUUUUUACACAAUUUAUGAAAUCGUUUGAUGAAAACGUUGCAACUGUUUUUAUUAUGAACUGUUUAUAACAAUAAACAAAAUAAUAAUAAAAAAAAAAACAAACAAACAAAAAAAAGCAAAAAACUCUUUUAAAAUAAUUAAACAGAAUCUAGUCAUUGUUAUUAAUUUUAAUUAAAAAUUAUAAUCAAAGGAAAUUCAAAGAUAGAAAAAGGCUCUAUAUAUUUUUCAAUACAAAAAUGAUAAAGAGUGAGAUUAAAUAAAUAAAUCAAAAAUAAAUAAUAACAAAAA